AUGUGGCAUCCAGAUGUUUACUUCGCUAAUGCAAGAAUUGCUGAAUUCCACCAGGUGACCCAACCAAAUUUUCUGCUUUGGAUAGAGCCAGACGGAUCAAUCCUCUACGACACUCGCAUUUCGAUGGUAGUUGUGUGCACAUUGAAUCUCGAGAAAUGGCCUUUGGACUCACAACGAUACGCCUAUACAACUGAUCAACUGCAAAUCGAAUGGGUUGAUGAGACACCUAUAACUCGUAAUAUGAACAUUGCA